UCAUCGUGUGUAGUGAAAGAAGAAGUACAGCUCGUUUCUGCGCGACCUGUUUUCGCUUGGUGCUCCGUGAAAAAAAGGCAGCGAUGAAUCCACCGCAGCCUGGCAAUAUUCCUGCUCAGUGGGGUAACCCACCAGGUGCGGGCCCUUUGUCGCCAGGAGGCACCGCAGCUGCCCGCAAAACUUCUCCUGAGCCGGAAAAGCUGGACCUGAUGGCCGACCCCGACAUGUUGCCACCCGAGGUCGUCGAGAUGGGAAAGCCAAUAGAAGAGAGGAACCUCGUGGAGCAUGCGCUGGAGUACAACCCUCAUCGCAAGACCCUCGAGGUGUUCCUGAUGCUCGGCAUGCUCACCAGUUUCCUCGGUGUCGUCGUCUACGCGGCUCUCUCGUACGCCCUGGUGGAGACAUUCUUCUCUACCGGAGCGGCAUCCCACUUACACGAAAGCCAGUACGACAUCUGCGACGACGAAGGAUGCGAGGAGUAUGAGCACCGCACCAUGGGCUUCGUCGAUUGGCGCAGCAACCCAUGUGACAGCUAUUUCCUGUACGCCUGCUCGGGUUUCCAGAAGGAGGCCGUGGACCUGAACCUGGCCAUCUACGAGUCGCAUCUGGACUUCACCACCUCGGAGUACCAGCUACUUGCCUCGCUCCUACAGAAAGGGGUUGAGACAAAGGCGGCCUACGCUGCCCUCCUUCUGAACGUGAGAGACUUAUACGCCCAAUGCCGCACCAGUGACGAGUACCACUUCGCUGUCAUCGAGUACCUGGAAGGAGAAAUUAUGACGCGAAAGAGCGGGCAGUCCGGGCCAGAGGAACCAAGCACUCUCUUCAGCAACAUCGGUUAUCCUUUGGGUGAAACCUUCGUAUUCGAGGUGGUCAAAGAGAAAGACGGCACCUGCUACUUGUAUCCGCCCACGAUGUUCUUCCCGAACGCCAUGUUCCAAAGCUCGGAGUUCAAGAGCAACUUCAUCAAAGCGUUUGAAGAUUACUACGAUAACGCUUUCCAGCCGAGAAACAACAUGUUCCGCUAUGACCUCGUAGACUUCUUCAUCUUCCAGAAGCGCCUCGCUGAGCUCAUGGGUGACCCUAAGCGACAAAUUUUUCGGCCAGUGGACGUGAAUUCACCUGAAGAAGGUUUAGAAAAGCUUGUAGACCCUGGAGCGAAACAAUCCCUCGAAUGCGAUGGUCGAAUCGUAUGGACCGACUCUGAAUACUACACAGGCCUCGAAACCCUAAUCAACGAGACUUCAAAACUCGUUCUCGUCAACAUGAUACGAUUUCGAGUAAUCCUCCGGUUUUCGCUCUUCGGCCAGCGGGCGACGUCGCUGGCGCAGCUCUACUAUCGCUACACGCACUUCAUGAACGAGCCGCCGCACGUUGAGAUUCGCUGCCUGGACGCGAUGGAGUACGUGUGGCGGCCGUACUACAUGGAUUUGCUGCGCCGAACGCACGUGUACCAGCAUGGCGACAUCGAUCCGAAGGUCGCAAAUCAGUCGGAGAAGGCACUGGAGAAGCUGAUUGGUCAAGUGAGUUCGGCGCUUGAACGGUCUGUGCUUGAUGAAGAAGACGUCGCGGAAGCAAAAAGAAAGCUUCGCGAAAUUAAAUUCAGAUUAUUCUACCCGUGGAAACUGGCAGACCGCGAAGUAAGCGAGGAGGUAAAAAAAUUAAGUGUGAACUCGUUUAGCGCAAAGGGCGAUGUGCUCUCAAGAUGGAAGAAUGUUCUUUCACAAAGGAGGUUGCAACGCAUAGGCGAACUCGCCAGUUGGCCUCUACACACCUUUGCUCACGAUCCGUUGUACGUUCCGCACCAGAACACACUCUACGUGCCCUACUCUGUUUUUGUGUGGGCAUACAUGGACAAAAAAAGCAAACUCCCUUUCAACCUCCCUGUGUACGGAUUCAAGGUGAUUCGCGAACUAUUCAAGGUCUUCGACUAUCGCAGUCAGUGGUGGGUCAACAAGCGCACGAUGUCGAUCCUACGCUACGAAAAGGUGGAGCAAUGCGUGCAAAAGCUGGACGCACUAUAUGAUAUUCAAAACGGCGUGGAAAGUUACGAGACUAUCGCUGAAAUCGCCGCAGCCAACCUGCUGCUUGAGAUAUUCGUGGAUACCGUGAACUACAACAAGCAAAAGCACGAGGACAUUCGACUGCCUUUCCUCCGGUCGGUCCCUUCAACGACGCAGUUCUUCGUAGCUCUGGCAUCGGAACUCUGCGCACGUACCGAUGGCACCACUGCCAGACUCUUGAACUCGGACUAUGGAGCGAAGACGGCUGAGCAGAGGUUCACCAUAUUAGCAAGACACAUGCCGCGAUUCACGAAGCACUUUGGCUGCACUCCCAAGCAACGAAUGCACCUGGCAAAAAACUACCACGACUGCCUCUUCUGGAGGCGGUAACCGUCGCAUGAAUAUAGGUCGUCCCCGUGCCCGGUGUUUGCGUGUGUGUGCGACCUUCGAAAGUGCUUGUACAGCGCGUGGCACAUUAUUUGGCGUUUUCAAUGCCACGGUUACUAGUCAACUGUCGCCACUGAUGGAGAACAUUUUAGGCACGAUAAGCUGUUGUGCCAUUCUAAUUAUCUCCUCAAAUAAAAUAAACGAGCGUUGACAUAUAGCAUGUACGUCGCGCAUUGUUGAGUUACAUGAUUAUUGAUUUAUAAUUAUUAUUAUUUUUGCAGAAUGUCUGCAGCAGUACAUAGGCUGUGUAACACCCGCCAUUGAUACGUUUGACGCUGCUUACCUGGAGCUUCUUGUCUUGUUAGUAAUUAGUAGUGACUUAGUAAUUACUACUGAUAUCUGCCUUGCGAAACAAAGUAUUUCACCAUUUCCUUCCAUGUUUUGCCUUCAGAUGCCAAAAAUGUUUCGAAACGCUUGCCUAGCUGGCUAUAUAUCUCAUAUAUAUAUCUCAUAUGUAUAUUCCUGUCUCUUUUUUUGCUUCCUAUUUUCAUUGUUUUUUGUUGGGUGUUGUCAAUAGGAUAAUUGAUGGCUUUUUAAGUGUCAUACAAAUGCCUGAUGUAUGUUUUCAUGCUCUGUAUUAAGAAUUAUGGGUUAUGUUACUUUUCAUCGCAUGAUACGUAGUUUCUUGUCAUUUUUUGCCUCCUCAUUGCUGUUUGUGUUUCUCUUGGGUGUCAGUGCCUGUUAACAAUGGUUCUGCAUAACUUGCGUUAUCCGCGAUAUAACAUUGUGUUAAACGCUGUCUGUCGGCUCUGCCGUUCAAGCCCAAUGCGGCUUUGGCAGCCCUAUUAUGUAUUAGUGUUGGCGGAAUUCCUGUGUCAAUAAAGUAUUAUUAUUAUUAU